CCCUCCUUGCCUCUUCCCUCGUUUUCUGCUCUCCCCGCUUUUUUCAACAUUGGUUUCUUCUCUCUUACCCUCGAGAACUCUCAGAUCCCAUUUUCUCUUUCUGCUUUGCCGAAUUUCUGCCAGAUUCAUUUUGAUUCUCUCCUCUGUUUCGAUCGUUGGAGACUUGGUGAGGCUUCGGCUUCGGUCUUGAUCCAGAUCGCUUUGAAAACCGAAGACAAGAGGGUUUUUUGAUCGCUCAAUCAUCCGAAAAAUCGCGGGAAACCUGCUCAAAUUUUGAUGUCGGGCGCCCGAGGUCCCAAUCGUUCGGCGCAGCCGUCGGGGCAGAUCCUCCAGCAACAGCAGCAACCUUUGAAGCGUCACCUUCCUUUCUCGUCUACGAAGCCGCCGUUCGUACCCGAUGAUUACCACAGGUUCUCCUCGGAGAACCGCAACGGGGUUCCCGAUGAGGAAGCUGAAGCUAUCGUCGUUAAAUCUACUCCUUCAAAGCGGAAGAAUGAAGCAGAAGACAUUGAAGCUGAGUCUAGUGAGUGGACUACCAGUCCUGGAUACACUGAAGUGGUCAACAGCCCCAUUCGCACACCUGGAUCAGGAAAAGGGGGCAAGAUAUAUAACAAGUCAAAAGUCUCAAAGCAAAGUAGAGCUGGGCCUCAAACUCCUGCAUCAAAUGCCGGUUCCCCUGGCAAUACUCUUACCCCAGUUGGUACUUGUCGCUAUGACAGCUCUUUAGGUCUCUUGACAAAGAAGUUUAUCAAUUUGAUAAAACGUGCAGAAGAUGGGAUUCUUGAUCUAAACAAAGCAGCUGACACCUUGGAGGUACAAAAAAGGAGGAUAUAUGACAUUACAAAUGUCUUGGAAGGAAUUGGGCUUAUAGAGAAGAAGCUAAAGAACAGAAUACGUUGGAAGGGACUUGAUGUCUCAAGACCGGGGGAAGUUGAUGAUGAUGUUUCUAUUUUACAGGCAGAAGUUGGAAACCUUUCCUUGGAGGAGCGCAGAUUAGAUGAUCGAAUAAGAGAAAUGCAAGAAAGAUUGAGAGACCUCAGUGAGGACGAAAACAAUCAAAAGUGGCUUUUUGUAACCGAGGAAGACAUCAAAGGCCUGCCCUGCUUCCAGAAUGAGACCUUGAUAGCAAUUAAAGCUCCACAUGGAACUACUUUGGAAGUCCCUGAUCCUGAUGAGGCAGUUGAUUAUCCCCAAAGGAGAUAUAGAAUUGUACUUAGAAGCACAAUGGGUCCUAUCGAUGUUUACCUUGUUAGUCAAUUUGAAGAGAAGUUUGAGGAGUUGAAUGGUGUGGAGGCACCUCCAAGCAUUCCAAUUGCAUCAAGUUCAGGAUCCAAUGAGAAUACUGUAGCAACAAUGGUCACUGAAGAGAGCAGAGGAAAAGAAAUAGAGGUGCAGGGACAAGAUGAUCAUAGGAUGUGCUCAGAUCUGAAUGCCUCACAAGACUUGGUGGGUGGUAUCAUGAAGAUUGUACCCUCAGAUGUUGAUAGCGAUGCAGAUUACUGGCUUCUAUCAGAUGCUGGAGUUAGCAUCACAGACAUGUGGAGGACUGAGCCUGGUGUAGAAUGGGGUGAUGUGGAUGCUGAUUUCGUGAUGGCUGAUCUCAGCACACCACAGCCACAAACUCCUCCUUCAGGUAUUGUAGAAGUACCAUCUAAUGGUACAUCCAAUCAGAGGUGAUUGGGCUGAUGGACUUUCAUCAAACCUCUGCUAUGACAUCAGAGCCUCUGGUUCCCAUCCACCUGUAUUUUUAUUGAUUCAAUGGUAGAGGUGGUACUGAACAAUGCACACGGGGUGGUCACAACUCACAACUGUAUGAUCCCAUGAGAAGUUACUGGAAGAGGAGGCCCAGGAAGAAAGUAUGUGGAAGGUAGGGUGUCCAAUGUACAGUUCUGCAUAAUAUAGUUGAUACCCGUUAUCAAGUUAUAAAAUAAAAUCUUUGUUGUAGUCC